AUGAACUCUCCUAAUAUAUCUUCCGAUUUCAGUACUGGCGUCUCGAUAAAACAGAGCGAGUACCAGCAGAGAUUGAAGUGGCUAUCGACGGCCAGCAAAAUCGUCCACCUCGUCUGGAAACUCGAUUCCAACAACAUCCGAUGCGUAGCCGAUGAAAUCAUGAGCCACGACGUCGUCUGGUGCCGCGGCCCUUUCUGCCAGGCCGUGAUGCUCGCGCAGUCAGCCUCCCCAUCUCUGACCACUCUCUACGCCGCCUUGGUGGCCGCCGUCAACUCCAGAUUCCCGGACGUGGGCCUCCUGCUCGUGAAGCGCGUGGUUUUACAGUUGAGGACGGCUUACAACAACCGUGACAGGAAAAAGUUGCUGGCGGCCUCCAGAUUUGUGGCUCAGCUAGUGAACCAGGAGGUCGCGUACGAGGUCCUUGACCUGGACGUCUUGCAGCUUCUGUUAAUCGGACACAGUCACACAACAGUGUAUGUUGCCGUGCGAUUCUGCGUGGAGUGCGGGUCGUUGUUGAAGGAGCGGGCACCGUACAGGCUGCGUGUCAUUUUAAUGGAGUUCCGUCUGAUGCUGAGAAAAGGGUCGCUGAGCAGGCGGGCCCAGGUGUCGAUUAAGAGGCUUUUGGGGGCGGCUAAGGGGAACAGGUUCAGGAGGUACUCGGAGGGGCUGGAGGUUAUUGUUGAGGAUUGUGAAGGAGUUACUCACGAGGUGUCGUUGUUGCAUGACAUUCGGGCCGAGUCGAGCCUCGACAGCUUUCAGUCGGGCCAUGCAUUCGAUGAUGAGUGUGAAUUAUUUAGUCGGAUGAAGAUUGGGGAUGGAGAUGGUGAUGAUAGUGGUGAUGGGUCUUCUCUGGGAUUAUGA